UAUCUAUCUACCUAUAUAUCUAUACUUAUACCACCCCCCGUCGUUAUCAAUCAGUGUUUGUAUUGCUAUAAGCAUAACUUUUUCCCGGCACCUAUUGCAGAGCGAAUUGCUCGCUGGGAUUAAAAGCCAUGCGUCGUGGAGGUAGACCCAAUCUCAGGCAAGGCCUAGAUCGGGAGGUCUAUCAGGUCGUGCGCAAAAUCAUUGAUGAUCAGACAGAAAACGAUAAGGUCCGCCUUUCGGUACCGAACAUUUACGAUACCAUUAAAAGGUCGAAUUCUAGCUUGAACAGAAAGCCAAAGAGAAUUCUAGAAGACAGUAUCGAACGGGUUGUGGAAGUCAUAAAAACGGAUUUACUUGGUGAGGAUGAGGGUGACUCCGUAGACGGGGAUUUUGAAGGGUUGGAGGAGCAACAACAGCCGCCUGCUAUGGAAUCCAAUACCCUGAAUAAGAGCAUCGUAGGCAUGUGGAAUAACACAACUUCAGCGCCACAAAAGCCGUCUGAUACCAAUGGUACAGAAGCUGCGACUGCUGCACCUAAGUCAAGCAAGAGGCGACAAAAUGGAGGUGAAUCACAUUUUUCCAAGCGCCGCAAAGCCGAGAGCGCUAUUGAUCGAUCACCGCCUACACAUGUCUGUCUCUCGGAUCUAGGUGGAUUGGACGAUGUGGUUCAGGAGCUUGGCGACCUUGUCAUCCUGCCGAUGACUCGCCCGCAGGUUUAUAUGUCGUCGAACGUACAGCCUCCCCGAGGUGUAUUGUUACAUGGUCCACCAGGAUGCGGAAAGACUAUGAUUGCAAAUGCGUUUGCGGCUGAGCUGGGUGUUCCAUUUAUUUCUAUAUCUGCACCUUCUAUUGUCUCUGGUAUGUCAGGAGAAUCUGAAAAAGCCCUACGAGAACAUUUCGAGGAGGCCAAAAGGAUAGCCCCUUGUCUCAUUUUCAUCGAUGAAAUAGACGCCAUCACACCCAAAAGAGAGAGUGCACAACGUGAAAUGGAAAAGCGGAUUGUUGCCCAGCUUUUAACAUGCAUGGACGAUCUGGCAUUGGAGAAAACCGAUGGAAAGCCGGUGAUUGUCCUUGCGGCUACGAAUCGACCGGACAGCCUGGAUGCGGCUUUACGUAGAGGAGGCAGAUUCGACAAGGAAAUUAACAUGACUGUACCUUCGGAACCCGUCCGAGAACAGAUCCUACGGGCUCUUACUCGCAAGAUGCGCCUAGCCGACGAUAUAGACUUCAAGUACCUGGCCAAUAGGACAGCAGGAUUUGUGGGUGCUGAUCUUAAUGAUUUAGUUUCUACUGCCGGCUCUGCUGCCAUUAAACGAUAUUUAGAGAUAUUGAAGGCCAACAGUGGGGAGGAGAUGGAUAUUGAAGAGGCAGACGACCUCAGCCCAAAGGUCAAGGAACUACGGCGUUUGAUCACGCAUGCCAAAGAAACACCAAUCGGAGAGGAAGUGCAAGUGGUUCUUGUUUCAAAUGCAGACUUCAUCAAUGCGCUUCCCAAGAUUCAACCUUCCUCUAAACGUGAAGGCUUCGCCACCAUACCAGACACGACCUGGGAGGACGUCGGCGCUCUCGGAGGUGUUCGUGAGGAGCUUACUACUGCAAUUGUUGAGCCAAUCCAAAACCCGGGUCUUUACGCCAGUGUCGGCAUUACAGCCCCCACCGGGGUUCUCCUCUGGGGUCCUCCCGGGUGCGGUAAAACACUACUCGCUAAGGCUGUAGCUAAUGAGUCGCAUGCCAACUUUAUUAGCGUUAAAGGCCCUGAGUUGCUCAAUAAGUAUGUUGGUGAAUCCGAACGUGCGGUCCGGCAAGUAUUCGUUCGCGCUCGAUCGUCAGUCCCAUGUGUCAUAUUCUUUGACGAGCUUGACGCCCUAGUACCACGGCGAGACGACACUGUCUCCGAGGCCUCCGCACGCGUAGUCAAUACGCUACUUACGGAACUAGAUGGUCUGGGCAAUAAUCGCCAAGGAAUCUACAUAAUAGCAGCCACAAAUCGACCAGAUAUUAUCGAUCCAGCUAUGCUUCGUCCAGGACGGCUGGAGACACUUCUCUUCGUCAAUUUACCUAGUCCCUUGGAGCGGGCCGAAAUUCUACGUACGCUGGUUCGCAAUAUUCCCGUCGAGUUUAACGAUGACCUCAGAAAGUUGGCCGAAGAAUGUGAAGGCUUCAGCGGUGCGGACCUGGGUAGCUUACUUCGUCGUGCUGGAUACGCUGCCAUCAAGAGGAGAGAUGUGAUUAAACUUGAGGACUUUGCGGCCGCGAAGGCGUUCAUUCGGCCUAGUGUUACAGAUCUGAGAAAGUAUGAGAAGCUGCGGAGGGAUUGGAGUGGAGGUAUUGUGUAAUUAAUUCACUAGUUGAGGUAGUUUCUAUGCAUACUUAU